AUGAUGGGUCCUGGCCACGUGGGUCCUGGCCACGUGGUUCCUGGCCAUGUGCACUGCCGCCCCAUUGUGUUGCCACCGGAAAGUCAACGUGGGCAUGCGUGCUCGGAGCAGGAGUGGGGGAGACGGAGCGAGCACGGGCGCGAUACGGAAUCGAAUGCUCCCUUCCACGCCCUCUGCCGAGUACCGACAGAGGUGGUGGAGGGCAGCAUUGCACCGCACCUCACCGCGUCCGACCUCUGCUCCAUGGCGGCUGUCUGCCGCUGCUGGCACCGCAUGGCCUCCUCGGACUCUCUGUGGCAGCAGCGUUGCGAGAACACCUUCCGCUGCCACCCGCCCAUUGCUGCAAGCGGAGAGAAUGGGGGAGGUGAAGACCGAGGGGACGGGGGCAGGGGGGUGGUGACAGGGGAGGGAGGGGGGAGAGGGGGGAAAGGGGGAGAAGCAGCGCGGUGGAAGGGGCUGUUUGGUGCGCUAGCGCUGGCAAGGGCACAGUGGGGGGGGCGGGUAGAGCGGCUAGUGGCACGGGGGGUGGAUUGCUCGAGCGAGUGGGGCGAGUGGCGCGUGCAGGGUAUUGGGUGCGGAGGAGAUGGCGGCAUCUGGUGCAGUGAGGUAAGGAACGGGGAUGGGGAGAAAGUAGCCAGGCGAGCAGCAGAGAGCAAGCGGCAUGGCAAGGCGUGUGGUGGAAGAGGGGAGUUCUUGGGCGUGGCUCUGGCACACCCUCUGUGCGCUGUGGCGGGUGUGGUGGUCACACCCGCCCCGCUCUAUGGCUCCUCUCGCGCCGCCCACUUGCAGGUGGAAGUAGGUUUUUCCGCCACCUCCUUCCACUACACCUCCCCACCCAUCCGUCUCUCCUCGGACUGGCUGCAACCGCACACCCUCGCCCUGCCCCCUGCCGCCCUCGUUGCCGGCUCCCACCUGAGAAUCCACCUGACAGGCCUGAACCCCCUCACUGCCUGCCACCAGCAAGCGGGUGGGGGAAGAGAUGGGGGAGAGGAGGAGGGGAGGCUACAAAGAGGUGAUGAGGAGGGGGGAGGUGGAGAAGAGGAGCUAGGGGAGAAGGUGGGAGAGGAUGGGGUGAAGCAGUUUGUGUGCUUGGAAAGAGUGGAGGUGUUUGGAAUACCUGUUGGGGGUUCGUUACUAUCUUCACCAUCACCAUCAUCAGCAGCAUCAUCGCCGUCAGCAGCAGCAGUGGAGCGAGUGGAGAGGGAGUUGGUACUGUCAGCCUUGCGGCAGCAGCCAUGCUUCCAUGCCACCAUGGCACGAUGGAUUCGACCUCGUGCAGGGGAACCCCUGGACGCUGCUGAGGUCAUCAUGGCCCUCAGAUCUUGUGUCUUUGCGGUGGCCGAAUCUUGCUACCCUGCUCCCCAGAUAUUCUCUCCCACGCUCUAG